CACCCAUUUGGCGGUUCCUGAAAUAUAUUAUAAUUAUCUAUUUAAAUAUUUACAGAAGACGUUUUUAUUGAUUUGUGUCUGAACUAAGUGAUAAGGUAUAACCAAAAUAUUAUUAUUUUAUGUGACGGACACGAUUAAGCAGGCUUUCCCGACAUAUGGUGCACGCUUUCAAAUGAUCUGAAAGCCAGCCCAGAACGCAGGGGGUUGUGGUGGUGCAGAGAGAGCACUGACAGUACCAGCAGCGCUAGCUGCGGUACUGGACACGGCAGCUGGCGCUUGGAAAAAUACGCAGCCAUUUUGUGUCGUCCGUUUUAUGAAUCAUAAAAAGACACUGAAGGUCGAGCAUAUGAUUAUACUUUAUUUGGAAUACCUCCGUGUAAAAACGAGGCCCGAAAGAACCAAGUUCUGUCGAAAGCAGCCCUCUGUCUAAAAUCGCACUCAUGUUUAUCUACAGAGGAGACAUUCAUGAAAUGCAACCAUCCGCCAUUACUUCCAGCUUUAUGUCUCAGCUUAACCAAUCAAAGCCUCUGGCGACGGCGCGUCAGCAGGGACUCAUCCAAUCGGCGCUUCUGUCGAACGAGAGAGCGUAGCUGUGCAAAGAUGGCGGCGGGCUCCGAUUGCCUGGAUGAUGUUUUCAACACAGAGGUGGACGAAAAAGUAGUUAGUGAUCUAGUUGGUUCUCUAGAGUCAGAACUCACAGGAGCGGGUGAAACGAGCACUACUGCCAGUUUACAGUCCACAAAAAAACUGGUCGGAAACUCUGCUGCAGCAGCAAACUCCAAUGUCCAGUCCAGCAGAAUUUCACAAGAGCUCGCAAAAACAGGGGUGCAAGGAGGUGUCAUCAGCAGCGGUUCACCCAUGGAUGGAGCAGGCGGAACCACAGCUGCCGCGGUAUCGGGUAUGACAGCCGGUCCGAAUCCAACCAAGACCAGCGCCGUCAGUGAUGCUGCUACGGUCACCACCGAUCCAGCGAUCGGUGCACCAGCAGCGAUCGCUGUCAAAACUUUGAAUGGAAGUAACUUGGUGACAAUCUCGCAUAUUCCUGGAGGCGUGCCCUGUGUGCCUAAAGGAAAUGCGCUUCUGUCCACUACUGCGAACACUAAUAAUCCGACAUAUUUACCCAGUGCGCAUAAUGUUGUCGCUUCGACGGUGAUCGCCCCUCAGUCCUCUACGAGCAGUGUGCCCACAGUGACACUGGUGAGGCCACCUAUGCAAACUCCCUCGGUUUCCUCUCAGGGCGCAGUCAUCUCCACUUCAACAGUGGCCAGUGUCACCAGCACUCAAGGUCCUGGUGCUGUGAUCAACACAUUAGAGUCACCCAAAACCAUCAUACAGACCACGGCGGCGAUAUCCAUGGUAUCCGCUGUGCCGACGGGAGCAACCGUAGCUGUCAAAAGCCCGACCGUUCUGCAGAACGUGCGGACGUCGGUGCCGUCCUCCAUCAACGCAGCGCCCGGGUCAGCUGCGGUACGGACCAUCGCUGCUCAGGUGCUGGCCCCACGGAUUGGACAGCAACAACCCAACGCCCCAAACGUCCAGAACAUUCAACUGCCGCCAGGCAUGGUGCUGGUGCGUAGUGAGAGCGGGCAGCUCCUGAUGAUCCACCACCAGACCCUGGCCCAGAUGCAGGCCCAGUCCCAGUCCCAGAGUGCCAUGACGCCGCGCCCCGCCACCCCCACCAGCACUCCAUCGGUCCAGCUAGCCUCUUUACAGGCUCCCGGGGGCUCCCUGUUGGCUCGCCAGGUGACCCAAAACAAUCUGAUCAAACAGGGCCUUGGUGUCCAGACCAGUGUCCAGGCCACCACCACGCUCCAGAGGCCGCCCGUCCUGCAGAACACCGUCAUGCUGGGAGGGAGUGCCUCGACCCCGGGGCAGCCACUGGGCACCGCCACCACGGGGCAGCCCGGCUCUGCUGCCCCCGCCGUCACCCAGAGGAUAGGCCCCGCUGGGACCCCCCCGGUCCCUACUCCCAUCUCCGCGGAAACACUGGAGAACGUGAAAAAGUGUCGGAACUUCCUGUCCACUCUGAUCAAGCUGGCCUCUAGCGGGAAGCAGACCCCCGAGACCACGGCCAAUGUCAAGGAGCUGGUGAAGAACCUGCUGGAGGGGAAGAUUGAGCCAGAGGCCUUCACCAGUAGGUUGUAUGAGGAGCUCAACUCUUCACCACAGCCCUACCUUGUGCCUUUCCUCAAGAGGAGUCUACCAGCGCUGCGUCAGAUGACUUCGGACUCCACCGCCUUCAUCCACCAGAGCCAGCUCCCCCUGCCCUGCACUCAGCCCUCCUCCACCUCCGCCGCCCUCACCGCCAUGGUGCUGCGACCCCCUCUCUCCACCACAACCACCGCCUCCACCCGAACCCCCGUCGUCACCCUUACCCAGUCGCCCCACUGCAAGGCAGGCUCGAUCGCACCCCAGCAGCAGGGGGCGACGGUGAGGCCCCAGGUGACUUUGGCUCAGCCCUCCUUGGUUGCGCUCAGAGGACAACCCCAGCCUCGCAUCAUCAUGAGCCAGCCACAAGUAGUCAAACAGCUGCAAGGUUCAGUGCCAGUGGUCAAGCAGCCCCUGGCUUCAGGGACCAGGGGCGUGCUCUCCGCCCACUCUACCUUAACAGCAGCUCAGAGGAACAAACUGAAGGAAGGAGGUGGAGGAACCUACAGGGAUGACGAUGACAUCAACGACGUGGCCUCCAUGGCGGGAGUUGACUUAUCAGAGGAGAGCGCCCGUAUCCUAGCAACCAACUCGGACCUUGUCGGCACCGUUACCCGGUCGUGUAAGGACCAGCCCUUCCUCACCACCACCCUGCUGACCCGGAGAGUCCUGGAGAUGGGGAGGAAGUUUGGUGUCUGUGACCUGGGCCAAGAGGUCAUCAACUACAUCUCUCACGCGACCAAGCAGCGACUGCAGAAUCUGCUGGAAAAAGUGUCGGAAGUGGCGCAGCAGAAAAACCUAACUUUCAAGGAAGAUGAACGGUUUGAGCAGGUCACCGAUGUGCGAACGCAGCUCAAAUUCUUUGAGCAGUUGGACCAGAUGGAGAAGCAAAGGAAAGAAGAGCAGGAGAGAGAAAUCCUGAUGAAGGCCGCUAAGUCUCGGUCGCGACAAGAAGAUCCCGAGCAGCUCAGACUGAAGCAAAAGGCCAAAGAGAUGCAACAGCAGGAGCUGGCGCAGAUCCGGCAGCGGGAGGCCAACCUCACGGCGCUGGCAGCCAUCGGGCCCAGGAAGAAACGCAAAAUGGGCUCGCCAGCCAACGGCGCCGUCGCAGAGGGCUCGGGGUCCGGUGCCGCUCAGCCAGGUGGGUCAAACGGAGGAGGGUCCAGGCAAUUCACACGCCAGCGCAUCACCAGGGUCAACCUCAGGGACCUGCUCUUCUGCCUGGAGAACGAGAGGGAAUCCGGCCACUCACACCUGCUCUAUAAAGGCCUGCUCAAGUAGCACACACACACACACUCACACUCAGACACACAGGUGUACAUUAAACACAAAAAGAUGGCAAUAAUCAACCUUCCCUCCUGAAUGAGGGAAUAAAGGUUGAACGGCGCAUGGAGCAGAGCAUCAGAGUGUUUCCCCCCCAUGUCGGCUCCAACAACCUCUUAAACUACAGCCCCCUUCCAGCUCCGGGGAAGAACAGUUAAGACUGUGGCAGGAAACAGACUCUGCUCUGGGAUACUUGUGCCUACUGACAAACUGCUCCAGCGCCCCGCCCUCGUACACAGCUGCCUUGCUGCCUGAACUCCAGUGCGGUGCGUUCAUGUGACCGUUGGAAAACACAGCAUCCAAAACACCAGAACCAUUGCUGGGAUGGCAAAGUAAAACAAAAUGAUACAAAAAUAUAACACAUUAUUACGUCCCUAUUUUGACCUCGUGACGGAUUGAGGUUGGGCUUUUUUAACUUCACGGCUGAAGAUUAUUUAACAUGUUCCCCUGACACUCCUUUUGUUGACCCGAUUUUGAAUUGUUCAGAGGUUAUUCGUUGAUGGACAUUUGUUUUUUAUAUGUCUGUGGUUUUUACAUUUCCUGCCUUCUUCCCAAAUUUAAGCCAUAACGCAUUGUAACGAUUGGAUCAAAGUUUCUUGCUCCAUAUUACUUUUAAUGUUCUUGUUGGAUUUGUAGGAUGCGAGCAAUGCAGUAUUGUUAUAUUUGUAUUAGUGCUGUCAAGCGAUUCAAAUAUUUAAUCGCGAUUAAUCGCAUUAAUGCCAUAGUUAACUCAGGAUUAAUCGUGAUUAAUCGCAAAACAAUUCUAGGCUAGAUAUCCCUUGAUUUCUUUUUCCCAUUAAUUAUUCUCACUUUAAUGCCCUUAUCAACAUGGAUUGUGUGCAUCAAUUUGCCUCGUGCAAAUGUCUUUUUAUUGAUAACAACAUUGGCCUAUACUGAUCAAAACAGGACGAUACAAAAAAAUAUCCUAUAGUGCAAUCAAACGAUGAACAUACAAACAUACUGACUUUAACAUAGAAGUCAGGCUACUGCUUCUUUGUUUUGAGUCAAAGAAAAAAUAAAAUAAAAAUUAACGCUGUUAAAAUUGGUUUGCGUUAACGCCGUUAAUAGCGCGUUUAACUGACAGCACUAAUUUGUAUCUGUUCAAUUCGGUUAAGUCAACAACAAAAAAAGAAGCAUGAUUGCAUAUUUAUAUUCCCACGUAUUUUUGGUUAAUGUCUUGCGAAAUGUAAUUUGUCGUUAUUGUUGUUAAAUGGAAAUUAAGUUAUCAGAUGAGCAAAGGAAGAGUUAAGGAGAGGAGAAAAUACCAACGAUUUGUGGGGGCAAUAUUAAGUUAAAUAACUGCAGUUUUAGUUGGAAUAAUUUCUUCAUGUUGGUUGUACAAAUGUUGAUAUCACUGACUGGGGCGGGGCCGUCGUUUGUAACCAUAGAGAUUAAAAGCAGUGCACUGACUGCCCCCCCCGCACCACAGAUCAGCUUUUAGUCUGUCAAAAAAAUGCAAAGCCCCCUUUAUAUCUUUUAUACAAUUCUUAGAGUACAUACUUAUUUCUCUAUACUUUCUUUUGUAGCUUUAUCAGAGAAUGUCAAAUGACACAUUUUUGUGACUGUAUAUACUUUUUAUUGAUUUGACAUAUUUUGGUUAAAAGAUGUUUUCACAUCUGGCGAGUUUGUCUAUGUAGGAGUAAUAGGGAUCAAUGCUCAUUGAGUCUGUGAUAUCACCAUUGCCCAAUUAACUGUUACAUGCCUUCCUCUGGAUAUCUAUAUACAUCUAUAUAGCUCUCUCUAUAUAUAUAUAUAGAGCUAUAUAUAGAUAUGGAUAUAUAUAUCAUGUACAUUUUGCACAGCUACUUGUUCAUAUGUAAAUAUUCUGAUUAAGAGUUUCUAAUUGCUAUUUUAUAACCAAGGAAGGGAGAAUGGUCUCUUUCAUUAAAGAAAAAAGAAAAAAAGAUUUUGUCCUUUUAUCUUUAAUGUGUCUUAGAUUAUGGUAGUUGUACAAAUCUGUGUGGCUAUAUUCAGAGCAUACCACUGAUCCAUCUGUGUUCCAUAAUUUGAGUCCAAACAUGGCAUAAAAAUAGGUGUUUACAUUGGUCACGCUUACAUUUCCCAUGCUCUUGAGGUAAGGCUAAUGACCUCAUCGUCUGACAAGUCUAUAAAGGGUCGGCGAGGGUAGACCCCCAACACAAGGGCCCCUACCAACAGCCAGGCCAGUACAGCUGGCAUUGUUAGAGGUUGUUUUUGUUUUGUUCCCUGCAUUAGCUUUCAGAAAUAGUCACUUUUAAAAGCUGUUAACAGAUACAACAGAUCACAGACACGUCACCCAGUUGGGUGCUAAACACUGGCCUGGAUGCGGUGUCCCUCCCAUACACAAACAAACACUUUAGGUGUCUUGAAAAAAAAGAAGCAUUAUUAGUUAUUCACAGUUUAUCUUUGGAUACCUAUUAUUAUUGUAGGGAUUCUUAGGAUUGUUAUUUAUAAUUUUGGUAACUUGUUAUUUAAUUGGAACUAUAAGUGUGAUAUCAAAUUACUAACUAGUCAUGGAACCAGCUCUUGAAGAAUGAAGCAGCCCGGAUAUUACAAUGAGCUUUACUUCUUUACCUAAAACUCAAUAUUAAUCAAGCUAAAAUAGUAUUGUACUUUUUAAUCAAAAACUACAUUCUGUAUUAUGUCUGUGAAAGUCUUGGGAAAAACGAAACAAGUGGCCAUUACUUCAUCAAAUAUACUACUAAUUGAUAUUGCCAAUGUUAUAAAGGAGCUUAUUGGUGACUUAAAGCAUGCAUAAUAUGCAUAAUUCACUUUCAACAUCAAUUAGAACCUACUUUCAUAUGCCAUAUCUUAAAUCUUCAAUUAAUUCUCCAAUUACAACAUCUUUCUAGAUGUAUUGCUUACAUACAAGUGUGUAACUCUUAGACACAAACAUUUCCCAAAGAUGAUAUACAAAUGAGUCACGUAAAGACACGUUAUUUAAUAUCCCUGGUGACUUAUUUUUACCAUAAGCCCCUUAAGUGGAAGACACCAUUUGCCAUCUUCACUGACUUGAAACAUCACUCUCGCAUGUGCUGGAAGAAUGGCACUCUUCUGUUAAAGUCACAUCCCUUUUGACAGCUCCUGGUAAUGGAAAGGCUGCUCUGAUGUGCCCGUCGUGCAGGGAGUAUUUAUAUCAAUAGGGGGCACUGUUGGACCAAAUGAACCAUCGUCUUAAGAGAACUCUACCUAACCCUACCUUGGUGCAGGAUGACUUGUGGUGGGCCGUUCCAUCCUUCUU